CUUGAUAAGGGCGUCCUUCUGGCGUGGCAAGUCGUGAGUUUUUCACAGCCCAUCAAGUGAUCAAGAAAACCCUCGAUGAAUGCCAGGAUGAAUGCCAGGAUGAAUGACCAAAACGCACAUGCUCCCACCGAGACUUCAGGAUUACUCGGUGACCGUUCGGGACCGCACUCAGACGUUGAUGUGGAAUCUCAGCUCCCUAGCGCCAUCUCCAAGGACGAACAGGCCCUGCACCUUUCUUCCAAGUCCAUCGGGGAGCGUCUCCCCUACAAUGACUACACCACCAUCGACUGGCUUCAUGAUCUUGUCAAAGACAGCGCCCGGCACCAAGCCCUGCACCGACCAGGCCUCAGGGCGCACAGGCUGGAGCUGUGGUGGGAUGCCGCCGAGGGAUGGGUUGCCGCGUUCAUCAUUGGCAUCCUGACCGCCGUUGUGGCGUUCCUGGUGGACGUCAGCGUUGCGAGUGUCGCAGACUGGAAGGAAGGGAGGUGUGCCGACACCGACGCCGGUGGCGGCUGGUGGCUGAAUGGUGAGAGGUGUGGUGGCAACGCGUGGAGGCCGUGGUCGGCUUCCUGGGGAGGCGCGUACGGGAUAUAUGUCUGCGUUGCUCUUGUGUACGGGCUGAUUGCCGGUGGUGUGACCAUGCUCACCAAGGCUACGCUGCCAGCCGCAGAGAGCGUAGACGAUGAGACUGACGAGACGCCGGGAUCACCGUUCCAGAGCAAUGUCCACUUUACCGAGACCGCCACUGGCAAGACAAUGUUCAUGGCUGCGGGAAGCGGGAUUCCAGAAAUCAAGACUAUCCUGUCGGGAUUUGUCAUCCCUCACUUCCUUGACUUCAAAGUACUGGUUGUCAAGGCUGUGGGUGCCACUUUCGCCGUGGGGACGGGCCUGAACUUGGGAAAGGAAGGGCCCUUUGUCCACAUAUCCACAUGUGUUGGAUUCCUGGUCGCCAGAUGGUUUCCCAAGUACAAUGGCAACGGCAGGAAGAUGAGGGAGAUGCUCAGUGUUGCCUGUUCUGCCGGUCUGUCUGUGGCGUUCGGUGCACCCAUAGGUGGAGUGCUCUUCAGUUACGAGGAGGUCAGCACAUAUUUCCCCCGUCCUGUGCUCUGGCAAGCCUUCCUCUGCUCGCUCGUCGCAGCAGUCACCCUGAAGGAGCUCAAUCCGACCGGCACAGGCAAACUCGUUCUCUUCGAGACAAACUACGGGGUCAAUUAUGACGCUGUCCAUUACAUCGUCUUCGUCCUGCUGGGCAUAUGUGGCGGCAUCUUUGGUGGUAUCUUCUGCAAGGCAAACUUUCACUGGUCCAAGUUCUUCCGGAAACAUCCGCUCAUCAAAAACCACCCAGUGUUUGAGGUCCUUCUCGUCGUACUGUUGACCUCUCUGCUGCAGUUUCCAAAUAGACUUAUCCGGUCAACUGGGGAUGUAGUCAUGGCUGAGCUGUUGGUUGACUGCAAUGAGCCGGAAGAUGUGACGAUGUCAUAUGUUUGCGAAAUGGAGGCCCUGGAGGACAAAUCUAAGUACUACGUGUGGCUAGGAACGGGUGCAUUGGUCAAGCUACUGCUAAUGAUCAUCACCUUCGGCUGCAAAGUUCCUUCGGGGAUCAUCAUCCCUGCACUGGACGCUGGUGCAUUGUUCGGACGCAUGGUCGGUCAAGCGCCAUUUCUUGUUCACUCCAUUUCUCCAGGUAUUUUUGCAAUGAUCGGUGCAGCAGCAUUUCUCGCCGGUGUAUCUCGGAUGACAGUGAGUCUUGCGGUCAUCAUGUUCGAGCUCACAGGCGAGGUGAACUUUAUUCCUCCUUUCAUGGUUGCCAUUCUUACCAGCAAUGUCUAUGAUUUGAGCCAGCACUUGCUGGGGCACCCAUUCUUGGAUGUUGAGCAUUCUUUGGCGAAAGUGCGGGAGGCAGGACGCGGAACGCUGGAGGAUCUGAUACCACCAAAGAACACAAUGGAAGAGAUCACAGUUCACAUGGGGCCAGAUGGGAUCAUAAGCAGGCAGCUUCUGCGCAGAAAACUAUCGCAGCUGAAGGCAAGGGGCUUGAUGGAUGCUGGGUUGGUAUUGGUCAACGCACAGGGCAUAUGUCAUGGCUAUCUACCCGAGGCAGAACUCGAGUACGCCCUGACGCUCAAGGAAUACGCGGAAGACGCCAAUGAAGACGGCACUGGCCAACAGUACGAGGUUGACUUGGUCAGAGGGCCAAUAUCGGACUUUGUUAACCGCACACCUUUGACUAUCCCCUCAACGGCACCGGUCGAGUAUGCCGUUGAGAUGUUCGGCAAGCUGGGAUUACGAUAUCUGGUCAUUGUCGAAGAGGACAGCGCCAAGGUGCUUGGUCUGGUCAUCAAAAAGCGGCUGGUGAAGUAUCUGGACGGACUGAAAAGCACAUAG